CAUCAAGCAAAGGCGUCGCCUUUUACCUCAAUCUCACACCCCGUACUACAAAAGUCUCGGUCUUUCAAUUUCUCUCUCAAUUCUCUUUCUCUCUUCCUCACCCGCUCUUCAAUCGCAAGCCAGAGCUCUUCGCCCUUCUCUCGCUCAGGAUCCUUCGUCCUCCCGAUCAAUGGCGAAGCUGAAGGUGGCCGGCACGUGGUCCGGCGCUAUAGAGGUCGAGCUGGACGUCUGGACGGUCCCGAUGCUGCGGGAGGAGGUCGCGAGGCGAUCGAACCUGAGCCCGGACUCGAUCAACCUUAUUUGCGCGGGCAUGGUGCUCAAGGGAACCGACGGGACGGCGAAAUUGAGCGACCUCGGCCUCAAGAGCAACGCCAAGAUACUCUCGACCCGCGUCUCCGCUGACCAGGGCAAGUCGCUGAAGGAAGAGGCCAUGGCCGAGGACGAGCGGUCUCGCAGGCUCGCUCGGGUCAAAGCAGCUGCCACUGCACUGGCUAAGAGACAUGCAGAUGGGUCAUUGCCACUUGAAGACUUCAACAUAGAACUUGAAGAUCAGAGUGGAAAGAAAGUAAAUAUGGGAUCUGAAACUGAUCAGAGGGCUGUGAUGAUGGGCUUGAUGCUUCACUCAAAUGCAAAGCAACUUAUAAGGAGGCAAAAGUAUGGAGAUGCAUUGGAAGUUCUUGCUAUGGGUGAGGAGUCAUUCUCUCUCUGCAAUCCCCAGUUCAUUGAGAUGGUUGAUAAUGUUCCUAUAAUGCAAAUAGACAUGGUAUGGUGCUAUUUCAUGCUUCAAGACAUCUCAUCACUCUCUGUGGCUGGAAUUCGACUACAAAAGGCCAGAGAAGGGAUCGAACGUGCCCAUGGAAAGGAUUACUCUCGUGUUAGACUCCUUCAAGGAGGUCGCUAUCCAGAGAUUGCUUUGCAUUUGCGGUUAGAGCUGUUGGAAGGAGUGGUAGCUUAUCACAGUGGUCAUUUCGAUAAGUCACGAAAAGCAUUGACAUCUGCACAAGAAAAGUUUUUAAAGUUGCAGGUGCCAGAUGAAUCUUUAUCACUAGUAAUGAGCAUGGGCUUCAAGGAACGUGAUGCCAGGAGGGCACUACGCAUGACCAACCAAGAUGUUGGGAGUGCCAUUGAUUUUCUAAUCGAGGAAAAGUCUAAGAGGUCACAGAAACGUGAGGAGGAUAUGAAGCGAAAACAGGAAAUCAGGGAGCAAAAGUCUUAUGGAGUGACACCCGCAAAGAAACCUGUGGACCUCCAAAGAUUAAAUGAACUGGUCUCCAUUGGGUUUGAGAAGGCACUUGCUGCUGAAGCCCUUCGGAGAAAUGAAAAUGACACUCAGAAGGCACUGGAUGAUUUGACUAACUUUGAAACUAAUGCUACCAUUCAGAAUGACAUAGAAUCGAGAAAAAGAAAGAGACAGCAGAAAGCAGAUGAAGCAGCAAUCGAGCAGCUUGUAUCAAUGGGCUUUGAUAGAUCAAGAGCGGUUGAAGCGGUUAGUGGUGGUCACACUGUGGAGCAAGCAAUGCAAAAACUACUUGUGCAGCCUCAGGGUCUUCCAAACCAACCUGAGAAUGCCAAUCCUGUGACUGCUACUCCUGCAACUACUUCUGCCUUAUCAAUUAACAAUGAGGUUUCAGGUAGUAUGAACAAUAUUGAUGAGGUGGGAGAUGCAUCUGCACAUGCUGGAAUGGAUGACCGGGAUGUAGAGAUGGAGGAAGAACUUGCGGAUGAGUUGGCUCAAGCUGAUGCUUUUUCAGACUAUGAUAUUGAAGUCACGAAGGAAGGAGAAGCCAUAGAGGAGUACCUUUCUCUGCUCGCUUCAGGGGGUGGCAGUAGCAGUGCAACUCAACCUCGGUAGGGUAUGAAUAUCACUGCCUUGUAGAUAAGUUGUUAGAUAAUGCAUCAGAUCAGGCAGUGUGUAAAUGUGCAAUCUGAUUACCAGAGAAAAAACCUAACUGCGUACUAUGUUGCAGAGGAACUCACACUACUGAUUCAGUUUCAUCAAAAUAAGGUUUGGACGACUUCUUU